CAACUAUCAAACAACGUCCGCUGGUCAGGCGUCAAGGCCAAAUAGUUCACAUACCCGCCUUGCUCUGGUCGACCACCAUGCCCAACCCGGACUUUGUCAGGCGUAUACGGACGGCCACAGCGAACGGCAGCAGCGGCGAGCCGUCACCCACUGGCAACCCUCGCUCUGGGUCGUCUACUGCAUCAGCCAACCCUUUCGCAUCUCUGUUAGAAGCGGGGCCAUCGUCGUCUUCUGGGUCAUCAGUGGGCUCGUACGGGUCUCCCAACCGGACAUAUGUGCCGGGUGGGACACCGACAAGCUCCCCAAGGAAGAGGAAGGCGAGGGAUUACGGUGAUAGGUUCAUCCCAAACCGAGAUGACAACCUGCAAACGGCGUUCCAACUCAUAGGAGAUAGUCCAACAACUCGAUCGCGAAAACGGUCGUCCAACCCACCAGCGACGGACGGCAAUCGAGAACAAGCCAACCUUGCUUUUCAGUCGCUUCUCGCCACAGAGCUUUUCCCAAGCGGCCCCUCUUCUCCCCCUCGAGGAUCUACGACCCCCGCUGGAACUCCCUCGACCCCCUCCCGAAAACGCAUCUUCCAGUACUCAUCUCCCUCCCGUUCACGUCUGAACCGUGACCUCGGCCUGUCCAACCCCGUGCACCAAGCAUACUCCAUCAGCCCAGUAAAGUUCGAAUCUCAGCGACUAUUGUUAAGCCCCCAAAAGACAGUUAGAAAAGUGGCCAAGACGCCGUUCAAGGUUCUAGACGCCCCAGACCUCAUCGACGACUACUACCUGAACCUGGUCGACUGGUCAAGUACGAAUAUCCUCGGUGUAGGCCUGGGGACGUCAGUGUAUGUAUGGACACAGGAAACAGGUGCGGAGAGGCUGUUUGAGCUCGCUCCCGGGGAUUCAGCAACAUCGGUGAACUGGUGCCAGCGGGGCUCCACUCUCGCUGUGGGAACACAAAUGGGCACGAUCCAGAUAUGGGAUGCCGAGGCGCAGAAACAGAUACGCACAAUGUACGGGCACGACAACCGGAUCGGCUGCCUGGCAUGGACAGGGCAUCUGCUCUCGUCGGGCUCCAAAGACCGGACGAUCUAUCACCGGGACACGCGCGCAAAGAACGAUAUCGUCAAGCGUCUAACGACACACCGGCAAGAGAUCUGCGGGCUCAAGUGGUCGGACGACUCUGGUGGCCUAGCGGGAUGCCAGCUCGCUAGUGGGGGGAACGACAACAAGCUGUUCGUCUGGGACGGGAAGAUGAUGGACCAGCCUAUGUGGAAGUUCCACGAACACACCGCGGCUGUCAAAGCCAUCGACUGGAAUCCUCAUUCUCGAGGUGUGCUCGCCAGUGGCGGCGGGACACAGGACAAGAAGAUCCGGUUCUGGAAUACGGUGGCAGGGACGAUGCUGGGCGAGGUGGAUACUGGGUCGCAGGUGUGCAACCUGGUAUGGUCGAAGAACACCCCCGAGCUCGUGUCCACUCACGGGUACUCGACCGCCCCGGGGCAGAAUCAGAUCAUCAUCUGGCGGUAUCCGAGCAUGUCGACCGUCACCCAGCUGACAGGGCACAACCAGCGUGUGCUGUACCUCGCCCUCAGCCCGGACGGGACGACGAUCGUCACAGGUGCGGGGGACGAAACGCUCCGGUUCUGGAACGUCUUCCCGAAGAGGGAAGAGAGGGAAGAGGACAAGGCUGUGGGGGAAGAGCUCGGGCCUAGCCUGGAGCUGUUUAACAAGGUCCGGUAGGUGUUCAUCAUCAGCAUCAACGACAGCGACAGCGACAUCAUGCAUUUCUCUCGUUCUGUAACUUUUCAGUGGAUCUGUGCUCUCCGAGGGCUGUUCGAUACCCGCACCACAUCUUUUGCCACCUCGCAUUUGUACCAUCACGCAUAUAUCCG